AUGCCUUAUAUUGGAAUAAGAAACCAGAUAGACUACAUUAUUACCAAAUUAGAAAAUAUAAAGUCGUUCCAGAACUGCAGAUCGUACUGCUUAGCUGACAUUGGGUCAGACCACAAUCUAGUACUGGCUAAUGUGAAGUUCUCACCCACAAAGACCAAGCGAAUGAAGAGCCUCCCGAAAACCUAUGACGUGGGCAGAUUUAAUGACUCUAACAUUGUAGAAGCAUUCAAAGCCAGGAUUGGAGGUGCCUUUGAACCACUACUUCAGCUCCCAGACACAGAUGUGGAUGAGCUGAGGAAGAAAUUCAGAGAUACAACCAAUAAUAUCUCAGAGGAAAUUGUAGGCUUCAAAAGGUCGAGACAAGUUAAAGGUCUCCCAGAGGAGGUUUGUAAGGCCUGUGAACAAAGGAGGAAAGCCAGAAUCCUCAUGAUGAACAAUCCCUCGGACUGCAACAAGAAAAGCUACACAAAACUCAAUAAAGCAGUUAAGUAUGAAGUGAAGAAGUGGAAGAAGAAAAUUCUUGACACGGAGGUGGAAGAGAUGGAAUUAGCUCACGCGAAGAACAACAGUCACGAGCUCUUCAAGAAGGUGAAGAAACUAUCUGGUGAGAGAGACAAAAUGCAACCUGCCGUGAAGAACAAGGACGGCAUCUUAAAGACUGCUCCCGCAGAUGUGUUGAAAUGCUGGGAAGUACAUUUUAGCGUUCACCUUAACACGCAAUUUCCAAGGGACGAAAAUGCUCUUUUGACCAUACCUGACCCACAACCUACAGAUAACCCAAGUGAACCUUUCACAAUUGAAGAAGUAGAGACGGCAAUAAAACUAUUGAAGAACAACAAGGCCUGCGGGUGGGACAAAAUAGCUGCCGAAACUCUAAAGGCUGGUGGACAACCAAUGAGACAACUCCUGCUCAAAAUAAUAAAUGCAGCAUGGUCGGAAGGUGUAACCCCGGAAGACUGGAGCAAGGGUCUUAUCACUCCAGUGUUUAAGAAAGGAGACAAGCUGGAUCCAUCCAACUACAGAGCUAUAACUCUACUCUCCAUACCCGGGAAAUUUUUCUGUAGAAUGGUCCUCAUGAGAAUACAGGGAACCAUCGAGAACCAUCUGACUGAGGAACAAUGUAGAUUCAGAAGUUGUAGGGGCACCACAGAUGCUGUGUUUGUCCUUAGACAAAUCAUCGAAAAGGCCAGAGAAAGAAGAAUACCAAUCCACUUGAACUUUGUUGACUUUAAAGCAGCAUUUGAUACCAUAUGGCGAGAAGCUCUCUAG